AUGCAAAUCUUUGUGAAGACAUUGACUGGUAAAACCAUUACUUUGGAAGUUGAGCCAUCCGAUUCCAUUGAAAAUGUUAAGGCCAAGAUCAAAGACAAGGAGGGAAUUCCACCAGACCAACAACGAUUGAUCUUCGCUGGCAAGCAGCUCGAAGACGGUCGCACAUUAAGCGACUAUAACAUUCAAAAGGAGAGUACUCUACAUUUGGUGUUGCGUCUCCGUGGUGGUAUUAUCACAUUGAAAAUCGAGCCAUCUGAUACUAUCGAAGACGUUGAGGCCAAAGUCAAGGAUACAGACUCACGUGCAAUCGCAAAUCAUUUACUUGAAUUGACAAAAAUGGUUGCAGAAUUGCAAAAAAAAAAAUGA